GGUGUGCAGCUGGGGACGCGCGCGGGUGCAGAUGGCUGGCACACCCCGCCUCCUCAUCCCCAGCCCCCUGCGACCCUCUGGCUUGCGCACUGGGGCAGAUGGGUUAAUGCAAAAUGCAGAUGGAUCCCCUAGAGAACCGGGUGCUGGGAGGGGGAGAGAGAGAGAGAGAGGUGCUGCGGAGGCAUUUCCCUGUCCUCAAAUCAACCUUUAACUUUAGCCGGGCUGAAGAAAGGGGUGUGUGCUUUGGGCUUCCCAAAAGGUUACCUGUCAGUUGUUAAAAGAGAAAGAGCCCCGAGUUAAUGAGCCCUUUUUUACUGUUAUUAAGAACUGCUGGAAAUAGUUUCUCGGAGGAUCACUCUUUAAUAAGGAGGUACCUUCUGCUAAUUUUACUUAUAGCUUAAAGAAAUAUUGGAGACGGGAUGGGUCCCCUGUCUUUUGAACAUUUACUAUCCAAGUGGUGGGUUUACAAAGGAAUGUUCGCAUGACUUUUUCUUUGGCAGUGGUAGAGAUUGAGUCUCAAAUGAUUUCUGAGACGAUGUUUACAGUUAAAUUUGUUUUGACUAGAAGGUUGAGUUCACCUACAAACCUCUGUCUUAUCCAGUAUAUUUUCACCUUUUGAUUUAAAAUGUUCUGGGCACUGCUUUAAACAGGUAAAGAAGGUAUUCUGCUUUCAGUCUAGAGUUAACCUUUUUAUUCUCUUCUUUUGCAGAUAGGAAGUGCAGAGACUCCCAUUCAUGGCUCUCCAUUCUGUUUCCUGCAACAGCACACACACUCUGGUGUCUCACCUGUUUGGAAAUGGCUCUGUGUGUUUGAUGUGUAUUUCUCUUCUUUUCUUUUUUCUCUGUACUGGAGAUUGAGCCUAGAGCCUCUGCAUGCUAGGCAAGCAUCCUGCCAUCUAGCUACACACCCGCAGCUCUCUGCAGAGUUUCUUUAACUUUUGAGACAUGGUGUGGGUUAAGUUGUCCAUGCUUGCCUUGAACUUGCAAUCAUCCUGACUCAGCCUCUGCCAAGUACUGAUAGGAUAAGCAUUUCCCAUCAUAUCCAUAUCCUGGCUUAUGCUUGACUCUCAAAUUCCUUGACCUCCUGUAAAGUUCCAGGAAUUUGUUUCUACCUGGAAACAGCUAUUUAAAAUUUGCAUUGGACUGUGGCGGGGCGGGGCGGGGAGUGCUAUGUGGGACAGCUCUCCAGUUGCUCAGUGUACUGUGGUAGUCUUCAGAGUCCUGGCUUUUAGUUACUCACUUAUUUGUUGACUGUCUUUGGGUUAGUGCUUUCAUUAGUAGCUUUCAUUUUCAUAAUUAGAAAGCUGAAUAGAUUGCUUUCUACUCAUGUUUUUAAUAGCAAGAGAGACACUCUAAUGUGUAUGCUAUUGAAUCAAACAGAAGAAGAGGCCAGUGAUUGUGAGAAUCUGAAUUUCAAAUCUGCAAAAGAAAGGUGCAAAAAGAGACCAUGAACGUAUGGUGCAAUAGCCCUACUUUUGGUGGGAAAAAUAUACAGCCAUUCUGGUGGAGCAGUUUGGGCCCCAUGGGAUCCCUGUGACAGUAUUUCCCAAAAGGGAAUAUAAGGACAAACCGGACGCCAUGCAGCUCCAAAGUACCACAUUCCAAGAAGGGAUAGAAGUCAAGCAGGAAGUGAACGGUGCUGUUCCCGAUGACCUCUCUCCAGUCCCUCCUCCUGAGCACCUGUGGACUUCUAAGCCACCUCCUCUCUUCCAUGAAGGAGCACCUUAUCCUCCCCCCUUGUUUAUCAGGGACACAUAUAACCAAUCAAUACCUCAGCCGCCGCCUCGGAAAAUUAAGCGACCCAAACGAAAAAUGUACAGGGAAGAACCCACUUCAAUAAUGAAUGCGAUUAAGCUACGGCCCAGGCAAGUCCUGUGUGAUAAGUGUAAAAACAGUGUUGUUGCAGAAAAGAAGGAAAUUAGGAAAGGUAGCAGUGACUCUUCUAGGUAUGAAGAUAAAAAACGGAGAAAUGACAGUGUAGCUACUGUGAACAAAAAACUGAAAACUGACCAUAAAGUGGAUGGGAAAAACCAAAACGAAAGCCAGAGAAGGAAUGCUGUGGUGAGGGUUUCCAGUAUCACUCACAGCAGGGCCAGAGUAGUCAAGGUUUCUGCUCAGGCAAAUACGUCAAAAGCUCAGUUAAAUACCAAGAAAGUGCUCCAGAGCAAGAACAUGGAUCACGCGAAAGCUCGGGAAGUAUUGAAAAUUGCCAAAGAAAAGGCACAGAAGAAGCAAAGUGAAACCUCCACGUCCAAAACCACCCACGCGAAAGUCCACUUCACACGCCGGUAUCAGAGUCCCAGCUCAGGUUCUCUCCCACCCCGAGUGCGGUUAAAACCACAAAGGUACAGGAACGAAGAAAAUGACUCUUCUCUGAAGACGGGACUGGAGAAAAUUCGGAGUGGCAAACUGGCGCCUAAGCCGCAGUCUCGAAGCACCUCCACCCGCUCAGCAGGUGAGGCCCCUUCAGAAAAACAGAGUCCCUCAGAAGGCCCGGAAGAGUCCGCCAGUGAGGUUCAGGACACAAGCAGAGUGCAUGUGCCUGGUGAGCAGGAGGAACUGCGGAUGUUGGGCACAAAGGGCAGCAAAAGCAGCAUAUCUGUUUACCUGACCCUAAACCAGGAGAAAUCUGACUCUUCCAGUGCUUCAGUGUGUAGCAUUGAUAGCAUGGAUGAUCUGAAAUCCUCCAACUCUGAGUGUAGCUCUUCUGAGAGCUUCGUUUUUCCUCCGGGCUGUAUGCACGCACCUUCUGCCUCUUCCACUUCUACUUCCUUCUCUUCAAAGGAAGAGAAUAGCCUCCGUAAUUCUUUGAAAAUGAAAAUCUUUUCAAAAAAUGUCUCUAAAUGUAUCACACCAGAUGGCAGGACCAUAUGUGUAGGGGACAUUGUUUGGGCCAAGAUAUAUGGUUUCCCAUGGUGGCCAGCCCGUAUUCUUACCAUCACUGUAAGCCGGAAAGAUAACGGCCUUUUAGCCCGGCAGGAGGCCCGUAUCUCAUGGUUUGCAUCUCCAACCACAUCUUCCCUUGCUCUCUCACAACUCUCCCCCUUUCUAGAAAACUUUCAGUUACGGUUUAAUAAGAAGAGAAAGGGUCUGUAUCGCAGGGCUAUCACAGAGGCUGCUAAGGCUGCUAAGCAGCUGACCCCUGAAGUGCGGGCUUUGUUGACACAAUUUGAAACGUGAACAUGGACAGUAAGGUAGGCCAGAACCACUAGAGCUGCUGCAGAUCCCUGGCUAGUUAGGAAUCAUUUCCACCAGCUAGCUUGGCCAAACUGGUGAGAAAUUGCACUCAGUUGGCUUUUUAUACGUUAUAUAUAGCCAUUUUUACACUAAGAAGCUGAAAACUGAAAGAUGUUUCAAAUUUUCUCUUAAGUAGGAUUUUAGGAAUAUUUUCCAGUUUUAAAAUCUAAAACUACCCUAAGGCAUAGAAGCCAUAGCUUCAAAUGAAACAAUUUUUGCAGGGACUGUUAAUUGCCAUUUGUAGCUAUUGUUUGUGUGUGUAUGUAUGUCUUGGUAUGCACACCUAGACAUCCAUACACACACAUCCACAUGUAUAAACUAUUGUCUGUCACCAUGUGACAUGGGUUGCAUAUUUGGGAUUUUAGUAAGGGCUGGAGCUUGGGGAACAGUGGAUAUUCAAUGAUUACUUGUUUUAUCUAGUGAAAACUUAGACUUUCUAUGCACAUAAGGGUAUAAAAGUUUGGUAUUGGAUGUUUGACACACUGAGAUGCUUGCUAUGACAAAUUGGUAUGCUUGCUGUUUAGAUAUAGACCAGGCUGUACACAUUGCCCAGUAUUUGGGAUUAAAACUAUUAAGACUAGACAGGUUUGGGUCAGCACUCUCUUGUCCAGUGAGGUUGUAAAACAAACUGUCAGAUAUUUGGUGGGAAGUUUAGAUAGAUUUUAUUUGGGGUAUAUAAAUAAUUGAGUGAGAAGUUAGUCAGAUUUCUCCUGACUGGCUGUUCCUAAAGUCUUAGGACAGACCCUAGCAAUUUACACUUUGUGAAUGAAUGUCAUGUGUAAUUGUUGCAUUUUGGAUGUACCUAAUUUGAUAGUUUUUCAGAAGCAUUUUCCAUUUAAGGUAAUCUGUUUGCAGGUCAGAAAAUGAGAAAUGUGAUUGUAUAAUGCAUUGAAAUGUAAAAAAAAAAAGCUGUAAAUAAAAUCAACU